AACUCUCACAGCAAUGCUUCAGGUUGGGGAAUAACCCCUGACAGACAGCUGAUGUGAGCAUGUGCACACAGCUUCGGCUCCCCGUGGCACAGCAGCUACUAGGAAAACUAUUUCGAAAAGACCUGAAUGCAUAAGACUAAAGUUAAAGUGGAAAAGAGAACAAAAAAGCAAAGAGCAGACUUUCAGCUGAGAAUGAGUAUUUUGAAGCCUAAGAUUUUUAAGUGAGGGUGAUCAGAGUACUACCUGAAAGAGACUAAACAUUCCAUUUCAAGCUUCGGAGCAUGUGACAUUCACGUACAACGGGCAUGCCAAUUGCAGCCUCACCAGUUUUGGACAGAUAAAGACGUGGAGGAAAAUCGUGGGGGCCACCUGAUCCAGGAGGCUAGAUCAGUUCAAAGGGGAUUUGGAUCCACUCGGCACAGGAUGAACUCAACUCAUCACCAUGGAAUGUACACUUCUCUCCACUUCUGGAACCGCAGCGCCUACGGACUGUACGGCAAUGCCAGUGAGUCCCUGGGAAAAGGCUACUCUGACGGAGGCUGCUACGAGCAACUCUUCGUUUCUCCUGAGGUGUUUGUGACCCUGGGUGUCAUCAGCUUAUUGGAGAAUAUUCUGGUGAUUGUGGCAAUAGCCAAGAACAAGAACCUGCAUUCACCCAUGUACUUUUUCAUCUGUAGCCUGGCUGUGGCUGAUAUGUUGGUGAGCGUGUCGAAUGGAUCAGAAACCAUUGUCAUCACCCUCCUGAACAGUACAGAUACGGAUGCACAGAGUUUCACAGUGAACAUUGAUAAUGUCAUCGACUCAGUGAUCUGUAGCUCCUUGCUUGCGUCAAUUUGCAGCCUGCUUUCGAUUGCGGUGGACAGGUAUUUUACUAUCUUUUAUGCUCUCCAGUACCACAACAUCAUGACGGUUAAGCGGGUUGGGAUCAUCAUAAGUUGUAUCUGGGCCGCGUGCACGCUUUCGGGCAUUCUGUUCAUCAUUUACUCGGACAGCAGUGCUGUCAUCAUCUGCCUCAUCACCGUGUUCUUCUCCAUGCUGGCUCUCAUGGCUUCUCUGUACGUGCACAUGUUCCUCAUGGCCAGACUUCACAUUAAGAGGAUCGCUGUCCUCCCAGGCACCGGCACCGUCCGCCAAGGAGCGAACAUGAAGGGGGCCGUCACCUUGACCAUAUUGAUUGGGGUCUUUGUGGUCUGCUGGGCCCCAUUCUUCCUCCACUUAAUAUUCUACAUCUCUUGUCCCCAGAAUCCAUACUGUGUGUGCUUCAUGUCUCACUUCAAUCUGUACCUCAUACUGAUCAUGUGUAACUCCAUCAUCGACCCUCUAAUUUAUGCACUCCGGAGCCAAGAACUACGGAAAACCUUCAAAGAGAUCAUCUGCUGCUAUCCUCUGGGAGGGCUUUGUGUUUUGUCUAGCAGAUAUUAAAUGGGAUGGAGGAGACACAAAAAACAUCAAUAAGAGACUUUUCCAUUCUUACACAACCUGAACAGUGUGCUCCCCCAACAGCUUUCCUUCUGUGUGGGCCUUGGUUGAGAGUAGCUAUUGUAUACAUUUAAGUUUAUGAUUUUUGAUAAGAAGAAAUGCCCAGUCUCUGUGUGUUUUGAAGGUCAUGCUACUUUUUAGCUGUAAAAUGUUCAUCCUUAUUAUAGGUUGUAGGCAUUAUGGAUUUACAAAAAAUGAAAAAGAAGUCCUUAUCAAAAGCUUAACAAUGUUUCUUUCUUAUUGUAUCAGGAUUUGACACUUUGCUUGUUUUAGUAACAGAAAUCACAAUCUCAUUAAAUGUAUUCUAGUAAAUGAUUUCUUAUAUUACACCAUACGAUCUGUAUUACCCUCUACAAUCUGUGCAUUGAAAUGUAGAGAUUUGGUUCUAGCAUUCAGGGGGAGAUAUUGAAAAACAGAUAUUAAAUCAUUGUAAAAAAUCAGCUGAAACUGCAAGUCGUUUAAUAAAACUUAUUCUCUCUGUGCCAAAGUAGAAAUGAAGCUCCUGUUGAGAGAAAAACAGGUACUCAAAAAAGAAAAAAGUGAGACUUUGAGUCAGAAAAUUAUGUGUGUUUCUCAAAGACAGAGGGACUGAUUUGUCUAAGGAAACAGUCUGAUAUUCCACGCAGGCAAUUCCGUUGUGGGGAGAAGGGAAUAGCAGCUGUGGAGAUUAAAGUGUUUUGGAAAACCUAAGUUAACAUGUCAAGCUGAGCUUCAUGAUACCAAACUAUUUCCAACUAUUAUGAAAAAGGACAGAGAAGAAGGCCCUUCUGACCCUCCAACCAGGGAUCCAGUGUCUGCUGAAAUAUCCAGAAAAGGUGGUGCUUCACUGAGAAAUUUGGUUUCUAGUCUCUAAAGAAAGAUUAUGACUAAUAUUGAGUUCUUUCACUUUUCACAUGGAAGUGGCUUGUUAUUUACCUAUUGCUUAUUUUUUGAACUGGACUUUUAAGUACUAAUUACCAAGGAUUUUAAUUUUAAAAACCAAGUCUACAGUACAAAUAUUUUCAGGCAAUAUUUGUAAAUCUCUAACAUAAGGAAACCUCUGAUGCUGGUAUAUUACAAGCUGGAAGGGAGGUGCUACCUGAACCCCAGAGAACAUCUUAACAAACAUUAGUCUUCUACAACCACAUUUUGGAGAGUAAAUACUUGUUUUGCUCCAAAAUAAUCCUGAAGGUUUGGCUACUAAACAAUAAAAUCUGUUCUGUCCAAUUGAUGUGUACUUUAAAAUUAAGAAAGAGAAAAUAUGUUAGUGUUAGGCUGAGGUUACGAGUCAACUAUUCUUUAUUUUAUACUGUCUUCAAAUGCUCAUGAGCAGAGAUAAUGUGUAAAAGUACUUCCUAAUUCAAAUCUAAACACUUUGCACAUUGAGAAGUCCUGAGAAACAUUUUCACCAUUCAGUAUAAUAGUGAAGGUAAACGUGGUACUGAAGCUUGAUUUACUGCAAUUCCUCUAUUUCAAUGCAAAAAAUAAGUGUGAAGCUUUAAAUACAGAUUAAUAUAACAAAACCCAAAGCUGUAGCAGGGCACAGAUGGCAAUUUUGUCUUUACUACUAUUCCUAUGUUUCUUUCAUGUAGGGAUUGUGAGAAAUCCCAGGGACUGUAAAUAUGGAAAAGAUAACUCUAAGCCCCAUCUCCUGUGGUGCCUGUCCUUCUGGUCUAUUCUAUUUCCCCUUCAAAUGUCAUCUCAGAUGCUGCUUUGUCCACUGGAGCCAGCCCACUUCUCCCCCUGGAAGGAAAUCUGGCUCCUUUGCCUUCACUUGCACACCUCCUCCUGGAGCAGGUUACAGUAUUAGGAAGAGUGCCAGUCCUAACCCUGCCCCACCAGCCUCCCCUGUGUGCCCAGGGCACAUGAGCCUUCUGUUUCUGUAAGUGUUAAGACUGUCUUAAUCAUUUCUCCUGUUCUCAAACUAUGCCUCUAUUAUGUUACUCCCUCUUACUCUAAUAAAACCAAGAUUGUCCCAGAGGGACAUGUAACUAUCACCCAAAGUCCAGAGUUUACCAUAGAGUUCACUCACGGUGUCGUAUAUUCUAUGGGUUUGGACGAAUGUAUAAUGGCAUGUAUCCCCCGUUACGGUAUCAGAGUAUCUGCACUGCCUUAAACGCCUCUGUGCUCUGCCUGUUCAUCCCUCCUUCCCUCCUAACCCCCCACAGACACUGAUCCUUUUCUUCUCUCUGUAGCUAAGCCCUGUCCAGAAUGUCGUACAAUUAUACACAUCAUACUGCAUAUGACUUUCUCAAAUUGGCUUUAUUCACUAGGUAAUAUGAAUUUAAGAUUCCUUCAUGUCUUUUCAUGGCUUA